AUGGGCAAGAUCAAGAAGAAGGGACAGGCCGGAGCGGCCAAGAACUACGUCACCAGAAACCAGGCCAUUCGCAAGCUGCAAAUCAGCCUGCCUGAUUUCCGCAAGCUCUGCAUCUGGAAGGGUAUCUACCCUCGCGAGCCGCGCAGCAAGAAGAAGGUCUCCAAGUCCUCGACCGCCUCCACCACCUUCUACUACGCCAAGGACAUCCAGUACCUCCUUCACGAGCCUCUGCUCCAGAAGUUCCGCGACCAAAAGUCCCUCGAGAAGAAGAUCUCCCGCGCCCUCGGCCGUGGAAACGUCGGCGAUGCCAAGAGGCUCGAGAAGAACGCCGCCCGCCCUGAGGAGACCGGCAAGCCGAGAUACACCCUCGAUCAUGUCAUCCGCGAGCGCUACCCGACCUUUGUCGACGCCAUCCGCGACCUCGACGACUGCCUCUCCAUGCUGUUCCUGUUCGCCAACCUGCCCUCGACCUCGUCCGUUCCCGCCAAGAUGAUCGCCCGCUGCGAGCGCCUGACCCUCGAGUUCCAGCACUACCUCAUCGUCUCGCAGGCCGUCACCAAGUCCUUCCUGUCGAUCAAGGGUAUCUACUACCAGGCCAACAUCCAGGGCGAGGACAUUCUGUGGCUGGUUCCCUACAAGUUCAACCAGAGGGUGGUUGGCGACGUCGAUUUCCGCAUCAUGGGCACUUUCGUCGAGUUCUACAUGACGCUGCUGGGCUUCAUCAACUUCCGCCUGUACACCUCAAUCGGCCUCAAGUACCCGCCCAAGUUCGACAAGAACAAGGACGACCAGUCCGCCGAGCUCGGCGCCUUCACCAUCGAGGGCCAGAACCUCGCCGCCCCCGAAAAGAAGCAGAUCACCAACGUCGAGACCGAGCACCAGGUCGACCCCAAGACCCAGGCUGAGGUGAACAAGGUCAUCAAGAAGCUCAAGGAUACCGACGUCGAGGAGAGCAAGCCCGAGGAGCAGGCCGAGUCCAGCGAGGCGCCCACGGACGCCAUCGACAGGUUCGAGCCCGCCGCGCCCGGUGGCGACGUUCUCCCCCAGCCCGAGUACUCCAGCUCCGACAGGGGCAAGCUGUUCGCCAACUGCACUUUCUUCAUCUCGCGUGAGUCCCCGAGACAGCCCCUCGAGUUCCUCCUGCGGUCGUUCGGCUGCAAGCGCAUCGGCUGGGACGCCGUCCACGGCGAGGGUGCCUUCACGACCAACGAGCGCGACCCCGCCAUCACCCACCAGAUCGUCGACCGUCCCCAGGUGGUCGCCGCGAACAACGAGGAAGGCGAUGGAGAGGACAACCAGACGUCCCAGAAGCUGGCGCCCAACCAGCGCAUUCCCGGCAGGAUAUACGUCCAGCCCCAGUGGGUCUGGGACAGCGUCAACGACGAGGAGUUGAAGCCCGCGGACCAGUACGCCCCCGGCGCCCAGCUGCCUCCCCAUCUCAGCCCCUUCGUCCAGCAGGUCCAGGGUGCCUACGACCCGACUGUUCCCCUCGAGGAGCAGGAGCCCGAGGGCGAGGCCCUUGCCGAGAGCGACGACGAUAUGGAGGUCGACGAGGAGGAUGCCGACAACGACAUGGAGGUCGCCGGCUCCGACGAGGAGGAUGAGGAGGAAGGUGACGAUGACGAGGAGGCCCCCUCCGCCGACGAGGAUGAGGAGAUGUCGGAGGACGAGGAGGUGCAGCGCCAGAUCGAGCUGGAAGCCGAGCUUGCUGGCGGUAGCGUCAAGGCCAGGGAGACGAAGCCCAAGACCAAAAAGGAGGUUGCGCGCAAGGCGCACGCCAAGAAGAUGGCGGAGGAGGCCGAGGACAUCGAGCGCGCCAAGGGCAUGCUCAGCAAGAAGAAGAGGAAGCUGUUUGAGCAGAUGCAGUACACUAAUAACAAGAAGAGCGCGGUGGACGAGAAGCUGCGGUCCAAGAGGAGAAAGCUGGAGAAGGAGCUGAACAAGAAGGGCAAGGCAUAA